CACAGGCCCCAUGUGAGCGGAUUGCAACACAUGCAGCUGCCUGGAGAGAGGGAGCCGGUGUCCUACGUCAGAGCCGCCGCCGCCGCCGCGGAGCCGCCGCCGGGGAGAAGCAGCCGCCGCCGCCCAGGACUGGGCCCUUAGGGAGGAGGAGGCGAGAAGAUGGCGGACGACCCCAGUGCUGCCGACAGGAACGUGGAAAUUUGGAAGAUCAAGAAGCUCAUUAAGAGCUUGGAGGCGGCCCGCGGCAAUGGCACCAGCAUGAUAUCAUUGAUCAUUCCUCCCAAAGACCAGAUUUCACGAGUAGCAAAAAUGUUAGCAGAUGAAUUUGGAACUGCAUCUAACAUUAAGUCACGAGUAAAUCGCCUUUCAGUCCUGGGAGCCAUUACAUCUGUACAACAGAGACUCAAACUUUAUAACAAAGUACCUCCAAAUGGUCUGGUUGUUUACUGUGGAACAAUUGUAACAGAAGAAGGAAAGGAAAAGAAAGUCAACAUUGACUUUGAACCUUUCAAACCAAUUAAUACGUCAUUGUAUUUGUGUGACAACAAAUUCCAUACAGAGGCUCUUACAGCAUUACUUUCAGAUGACAGCAAGUUUGGCUUCAUUGUAAUAGAUGGCAGUGGUGCUCUUUUUGGCACACUCCAAGGAAACACAAGAGAAGUCCUACACAAAUUCACUGUGGAUCUCCCCAAAAAACACGGAAGAGGAGGUCAGUCAGCCUUACGAUUUGCCCGUUUAAGAAUGGAAAAGCGACAUAACUAUGUUCGGAAAGUAGCAGAGACUGCUGUGCAGCUGUUUAUUUCUGGUGACAAAGUGAAUGUGGCUGGUCUCGUUUUAGCUGGAUCAGCUGACUUUAAAACUGAACUAAGUCAGUCUGAUAUGUUUGAUCAGAGGUUGCAAUCAAAGGUUUUAAAAUUAGUUGAUAUAUCCUAUGGUGGUGAAAAUGGAUUCAACCAAGCUAUUGAGUUAUCUACUGAAGUCCUCUCCAACGUGAAAUUCAUUCAAGAGAAGAAAUUAAUAGGACGAUACUUUGAUGAAAUUAGCCAGGACACCGGCAAGUACUGCUUUGGAGUUGAAGAUACACUAAAGGCUUUGGAAAUGGGAGCUGUAGAGAUUCUAAUAGUCUAUGAAAAUCUGGAUAUAAUGAGAUAUGUUCUUCAUUGCCAAGGCACCGAAGAGGAGAAAAUUCUCUACUUAACACCAGAACAAGAGAAGGAUAAAUCUCAUUUCACAGACAAAGAGACAGGACAAGAACAUGAGCUGAUUGAGAGCAUGCCCCUCUUGGAAUGGUUUGCUAACAACUAUAAAAAAUUUGGAGCUACAUUAGAAAUUGUCACAGAUAAAUCACAAGAAGGAUCCCAGUUUGUGAAAGGAUUUGGUGGAAUUGGAGGUAUCUUGCGGUACCGAGUAGAUUUCCAGGGAAUGGAAUACCAAGGAGGAGACGAUGAAUUUUUUGACCUUGAUGACUACUAGGUAGUCGACAUGGGUCCGGCAAAAUGUGCCUCACCCUCCAGCAUCCAACCCAAGGAGCAUACCCAUGAUGGAAUCCAAACAGAUCCCUGCCUUACAAUUGGAACAUUUCCAGAACUUAAUCCAUGAGCAUUGGAUACUGAAAAGAAAAACCGAAACAAAACCAGACCCAACCCUACACUUUGGUUUGUCAUGGUGUCAGCGCAGCAGCCUACAACUAAGUUCCUAAAUUCCACUUUGGACUAAUUUAAAAAAAAAAAAAAAAAAAGAAUCCCAGUUUUUACUUUUACUCGAUGGUGAAAUUGGUUGCUCUUGUAUUUUAUGAAAAAAAAAAAAGAUUUUUUUAACCUUCAUACAUAGAAGCAAAAAUACUUUAACUGCUGUAAACCUUCAAAAGUUAAUAGAAGUGAGAUCAUACUGGUUUGUUAUUUUGAUCGGAUAAAAAUUAAAUUGCUGCAUUUCGCAGUGACCCAUUUACAUGGCAUUCUCAGCUUAGACUGCAUAAGAAGAAAUAUAUGUGGUGAAAUGUUGGAACCAUUUCUCUCUUGGUCUCUGUUUAAUGUUGAAAGGGUGAGCUAAUAGGAAGCAGUUUCAACUUCACUCCCUCAGAACUACUCCCCACUCCAGACUGUUGGUUUCAGGGAUGCAGAUUGCAUUGCAAAGUCAAAUUGAUGAAGCAUUGGGGCCAGUGCACUGUUUACUUCCAUCUGCUUGACAGGCACAUUUGUACCUGAAAUUUGGGAGCCCUUUGUAUCACUUGCUUUGACAAAGGUCCCCAUAAUCUUAGCCUACUAGAAACCAAUUGGGGAUGGAUAUGAUGGGGCUUCUGUGCUAUUGCUGGGAUUGGGAGAAAUAAAACCUGCAAUUUAAGUGGAAGCAAAAAUAUUUAAAGGUUAUUUUAUUUUGCUUGGGUCUAAUCUUGGUAAAAGGGAGGUGGUGUUUCCUUGUGUUGGAUGGCAUGAGAUUAUGUGAAUGCUUUGAUUCUUUUUUUUUAAUGAACCACAAGAUUUUUCACAGGAAUGACAGAUGACAUGUUUGACCGUGCAUGUAAUUAUAAUCCCCUGGUGGGGUUGGAGCAUCUGUUUCAAAUAUGGGACUUAAUGAGCACCUCUCAGAUGAGAAAUUAUGGGCAGAGGGUGGGAAGGGCAGGGGUGGGAAAGGGAUGGGAUAUGGCUUCUGGCACCAUGGAUUAAACCAUGUUGGAUCUAAAAGUUGGCCUAAAAACCUGAAGCUUAUGCUUCGUAAGUUGGGCUGUAGGUCAGACUUGAAUUUAGCUAACAUGCAAGGUCAUGGUAUGCUCUAGGUGGUUACAAGAAAAGUGUAGGAUGUGCCCAGUGGUAGCAA